GCCACCGGGACUUUGUUUCACCCGCCGACGUCAUUCAUGAGGUCUGGCCGCCGCGGCGCGAGGCUGCCCGUCUCCUCGCCGCUAAUUGUGUUUCCUACCGACUGACAACUUGUUUGUCCGUUAGCGCAUUGGCUGCACACGCACGCACUCACACACACACACACACACGCGCGCGCACACACUCUCUCUCUGCUGCUCCGCGCGCUGGGCUGUCCGGUGCGCCUCUGCGGGUCGGGUCGGUUUCGGGACGGUACCGGGGCUCCGCUUUUAUGAAUGAAUAACGAGACCGGGGAGAAGGUCCCCAGCCGCAGCAGCAGCCGCAGCCGGGCUCCCGGGAGGGGGGGCAGCCACCGAUGAGAGGGAUUAACGACGGAGCGGAGCCGCGGCUCAUUGCGGAAAAAGCCGAGUCCGACAGCAGCCUGGCGUGGCCGCGCACCGGGAGGGAAGCGGGCUCCUCGGCGUAGAGCAGCGGAACCGAACCGCGGUGACCACCAUGCAACACAUCGCCGUAUGUCUCAACGUGUAUUGGACCGUAUGUCCCCCUCCGGUGCAGCCUCUUGGGGCCUUGGCACGCUUCCCAGUCAUUUCUGUCCAUCCACAUCGUGGCUCUGGGCAGCGAGUGCCCCGGAGGACUCGGGUCCGGGGAGGAGAUCAUGGGCCAGGGGCAGCUUCAGGGAGGCCUGCUGUGGAGCUACCUGGGCCAAGGAGCCCUGGUGGGACCCUGCGACCUGGAGAGCAGCAUGCACAACCCGGCCUUCAUGGAGUACACCUCGCGUGUGUUCGGAGACGUGACUGUGGUGGUUCGGGAUUGCCCCAGCUGGGACUUGUUGGACAGCGACUGGGCGAGCGUACGGAAAGUUCUCGAGCAGGCCGACAUCCUGGUCAUUAAAUACUCAGUCACGGACAAGCUGGCCUUCCAGCAGGUCAGGAACGGCUACGCCCCCAAGCUCCGCCCUCUCCUGAGGCACUGGGGCGUGCCCGUCAUCCUGGUCGCUGUCGGAGCGCGGCUGAACGAUGAAGGCCCUCCGUGCACGUGCCCGCUGUGCGCGUCCGACUGGAGCAGCUGCGUGCCUCACAGCGAAGGUCUGCAGCUGUCCCGGGACCUGGGGGCCACCUACCUGGAGUUGCCCUCGCUCAACCACGUCUUCGUGGGGCGCUACUUCGGCAGCGUGCUGGAGUACUUCAUGAUUCAGUGUCUGAAACACAAAGCCAAAGAGAGGCCGGAGAAGAGGCGAGGAAAUAAAGUCAACGAUCUCCGCCCCCCUCACUUGGAACAACCAGCACGUCUCCCCCCCAUCCGAGUGGAGGAGUCCAGCUUCUCCCAGGACCUGCAGUGGUUGUUGGAGCGCGGCGUGCAGUUCGCCGACGUGGCUUUCUACGCCGGGGACUCUGGGAAAGAGCUGGGCUGGGCGCACGCGGCCGUGCUGUGUGCCGUCAGCCCGUACUUCAGACAGCUGCUCCUGGGGCCCAAGAACAGGGAACGUCCCCAGUCGCGGUGCGUUUGCAGAGAGCGGGACGGAGGCCCUCCUUCGCUGCUCUCCACCUGGGACGGGGGCAUCAUUGACGACAUGCCGCGGACAGAGGGGCACCUGACAGGACGCCUCUCCCGGCUGGUGGUGAAGGACCCCCUCCUGUGCAUGUGCUUGUGGGAAACUCUCAUGUUCAUUUAUAGAGGAGCGUGGGAGUGGGAUCACCUCCAGGAGGCCCUGGAAGAGAAGCUGAAGAACUCACUGGCUGUGACUCAGCUCAUGGAGCGCAUACGAUCCCUCAUCGGCAGAGACAAGGCCCCCAGGGACACACCGAGUGCCCGGGCAGCUCAGCUCGGCCCCCAAACUCUAGUCAACCUCUUCAAUUCUCCUCUUUACUCUGAUGUCAUCUUCAUGGUGCAGGGGAGUGUGUUGCCAGCCCAUCGAGCCGUGCUGGUGGCCCGCUGUGAUGUCAUGGCGGCCAUGUUCAGUGGUAAAUACGCAGAAGCCCGAAGCCGCGUGGUGCCCAUCCACGGGGUCUCCUCGGAUACCUUCCUGUCGUUCCUGGAGUACCUCUACACUGACUCCUGCUGUCCCGCCAGCGUGCUGCAGGCCAUGGCGGUGCUGGUCUGUGCCGAGAUGUACCAGGUGAAGCGUCUGCAGCACCUGUGUGAGGUGUGUGUGUGCGCCUACCUCCAGAGCAUGCCCAGCCGAGAGCUGUCGUCGACGGGCAUCAGCGUGAUCCGGCUGCUCCGCCGAGCAAAGUGCCACAACGCAGAGCAGCUGUACGUCUGGCUCCUCCACUUCAUCGCCAACAACUACCUGAUCUUCAGCCACAAACCCGACUUCCUGGAGCUCUCAGGUUCGUGGUUUUUUUAAACAUUAUUUUUAUCUGCAAAUUCAAAUGCCGUUUGUGAGUGACGGCUGUGCGAACGAUCGCUGCAGAGCAAAAUGAAACAGAUGAGAUGUUUUUUAUUAAACAUUCAAGUCACGGUGCCUGCAGGCUCUUGAGGAGGCGUUCUCCUCACCGUAAAGGUUCUCCGUCUCAGAUGAGUGCAGCCAAUGGGAGGCUGGUUCUCCGUUUGUAAUGAAGGGGUCCGACCGUCACUCGUGAACACAAUUUAAACAACAGGAACCAUGUUGUCAUCUUCUGGAAAAUAGAAACUGAUGAACUCACUUUGUAUUUUUGGAGGUUGGAGAAACAACAUGCUUUUAGAGACACCUGUGAACACCUCUGUUCUAUACUGCAUAUUACAUGACAUGUCAUUUAGCUGACGCUUUUAUCCAAAGCGACUUACAGUCAUGUUACAUUCAUACACAGUAGAACAGCUACAGGGAACAAC